ACUACUAUGUUCAUUGACAUUAAUUAGGGAAUAAAAGUGAUACAAAGAAGAAUGAAAUUUUUGCUCAAAAAUAAAAAGAGAAAAGGAAUAAAAAAAAUGCAAAGCGUCUCCGACCAAUAAUACAUACAGACAUCAGAAUCAAAAAUUAGGGCAUUUAGACGUGUCGGAGAAAGAAAGAAGAAGAAGACAUGGGCAGAAGAAGAGUUGAGAUCAAACGAAUUGAGGACAAAAACAGUAGACAAGUCACUUUCUGUAAACGACGCAAUGGUCUCAUGGAGAAAGCUCGUCAACUCUCAGUUCUCUGUGGCUCCUCCGUUGCUCUUUUCAUCGUCUCUUCCACCGGAAAACUCUACAGCUUCUCCUCCGGCGACAGCAUGGCCAAGAUUCUCAGUCAUUAUGAAACAAAAAAUGUUGAUGAUCGUAGAACCUUGGAUCUUGUAGAAAAAACUCCGGAUUAUCUUUCAAACGAGGAGUUACUAGAAAUAGUUCAAUGCAAGCUUGAAGAAGCGAAAGGUGAUAAUGUAAGUGUAGAAUCUCUAAUUUCCAUAGAAGAACAGUUCAAGAAAGCUCUGUCUGUAACUAGAGCUAGGAAGACAAAGCUAAUGAUGGAGCUUGUGAAGACCCUUCAGGAUAAGGAGAAGUUGCUGAAAGAAGAAAACAAGGUCCUCGCUAGCCAGAUGCGGGAGAUGAAGAAACUACUGGAGACAGAGGAUGAAAGAGCAAUGUCACCGGGAAAUAGCUCCGGCAAUAACCCACCGGAGACUCUGCGGCUUCUCAAGUAA